UCACCUGACCCAACCUCUCUCCCUCGCACCCACGCACCCACGCGCACACAAGAUUUCCGAGAAAAAAAGAGAAAGAGACGAAUUUUCUUCCGCCUUGGAAACCGCCCUCGACUUUUGACGAAAUCACCCGCCCCGACUAACCAGUAGCCAGGAACAGCCGUCAAGAUGGUCGCCGCAAAGAAGCACGUUCCCAUCGUGAAGAAGCGCACGAAGCUCUUCAACCGCCACCAGUCGGACCGCUUUAUGCGCGUUGACCGAUCAUGGCGCAAACCCAAGGGUAUUGACAACCGUGUCCGCCGUCGCUUCAGGGGCAACACUGCCAUGCCCUCGAUUGGCUUCGGUUCCAACAAGAAGACCAAGUACAUGAUGCCCUCCGGCCACAAGGCCUUCCUUGUCAGCAACGUCAACGACGUCAACCUCCUGCUGAUGCACAACCGCACCUACGCUGCCGAGUGCGAUCGCCCACAACGUCUCGUCGAGAAAGCGUAUCGACAUCAUCUCCCGCGCGAAGCAGCUUGGCGUCAAGGUCACGAACCCCAAGGCCAAGGUCACCACCGAGGUUUAAGCGAACAAAGCCAGGAAUGGUGGCGUGGAAUCAGCUAUUCGGGGCGAAGGGGGUCAUUGGUUUUCGCCGGUCACUUGCGUUGUGCUCUCUCAUAUCCGGGGAACGGGAAUGCAUCGGAAUACGGUUUCUGCUGCGGCGAUGAUUCAGGGCUGCGGCCUGGCAUGGCUCGUACCGUUGUGCUAGGAAAUACAAAAACAAGAAACAACCGCAGCCGCAACCGCAACCUCAAUUUUCAACGACUUGAUGUUCUUUUCAGGGCGUGUUGUUCUCAUUACUUACGUCUGAUAUUGACAAAGACAAAAAAUGGCGUUGGAUGGAGGCAGGGAAAAACAGAAUCCUUCAUAUGCUCGGCAAUUCGAGAAUACCACCAACCCCUUUGGCCCCUAUUAGUCGUCAAUAUCCCAUGUGCAGGUGAAGAUGCUAUUUAUCAGGAGGGCUCGCCCGCGGGGCGUCAUCCGGGAAAUGGAUUAAAUGAGGACCGUUGA